AUGUUAGCUGAAAAUCUGAUUAGCCCCCAAAUUGAAAUAAUCCCGUGUAAAGUGUGCGGCGAUAAGUCAUCCGGAGUUCACUACGGCGUCAUAACAUGCGAGGGAUGUAAAGGAUUUUUUCGUCGCUCUCAGAGUUCGGUUGUAAAUUAUCAAUGUCCGCGAAAUAAGCAGUGUGUUGUUGAUAGAGUUAAUAGGAACAGAUGUCAGUAUUGUCGACUUCAAAAGUGCCUCAAACUUGGAAUGAGUCGUGAUGGUGAGUUAUCUACAGUUCUCCUUUUACUUUGA